GGCUCUCGGUAUAAAUACCUUGAGCCCAAUGCCCUGGGAAGCAGCAGCUGCCGCUCAGACUGACAGACUCCGCAGUUUUAAGGAUAUAGCAGCACCGUCAGGGACAGCAGCCUCCUGACCCCCCCCUCACUGUUCUUUGGAGCAUAAACCCCUGGUUUAGCUUCACAAGAUGGACCUGAGGGUAGCCAGCGUCCUCCUCGUCCUCGUGGCUUUGGCUGAGGCGACCCCUGAACGCUAUUACCAUGUGAAGAAGGCCCCCUACCCCACUAAAACCCACACCGUUGCAGGUGCACCAGGUGCUCAAGGUCCACCAGGUGAGCCAGGACCAAUGGGCCCACCCGGACCUCCUGGUAAAAGUGGUGUAGGACAUACUGGACCACAAGGCCCACCUGGACCUCCUGGACCCCCUGGCUACUCACAAGCUGGUAAACCCGGUGCCCCAGGUGCCCCUGGUAAACCAGGUACCCCUGGAAUCCCUGGAGAAAAAGGUGCAACUGGUGCAACUGGACAUAUGGGUCCCAGAGGUGCACCUGGCACACCUGGAACCCCAGGACCUGCUGGACUUUCAGCUGUUGGCAAACCUGGACCAGCUGGUUUCCCUGGAGCAAUGGGACCAAGAGGAGAGCCUGGUUUGAAGGGACAUCCUGGUGUUCCUGGUGUUCCUGGUUUGAAGGGAGAGAAAGGCAUUGGAGUUCCUGGUGUUCAAGGACCCUCAGGUCCUGUUGGACCAAUGGGCCCCACUGGUAUGCCUGGCAAACCUGGAGUUGGUAAGCCUGGUGCCACUGGCUAUCCUGGUGAACCAGGCAAAUCUGGCAUGCCAGGAAGAGAUGGUGCCCCAGGCCCAAUGGGUCCACAAGGACCAAAGGGUCACACUGGUGCUCCAGGCCAAGGAGCACCAGGAAAACCAGGUCAGAAUGGUACCCCAGGUAUGCCUGGACCUAUGGGAGCUAAAGGUCCACAGGGUCCAGCUGGCCAGCCAGGUUCCCCUGGUAUGCCUGGUGUUGGUAAAACAGGUGAGCCUGGAAUCCCAGGUAGCAGAGGUUCUCCUGGUUCUCCAGGAACCACAGGUCAGAAGGGAGAACCUGGUCCUACUGGUUUUACUGGUCAACCAGGUGCUCCUGGUCAAAUUGGCCCAGCUGGUCCACAAGGUGCCAGAGGAUUCCAGGGUGAGGCUGGCCCAGCAGGACCAAAAGGUGACAUCGGUAUGGUUGGCGCACCAGGACCUAGGGGAACCAAGGGUGAACAGGGAGCUCAGGGAUUCACAGGAAAACCAGGUACUCCAGGGGCUGUAGGUCCUGCAGGACUUCCAGGUCAUCAUGGUGCACAGGGUCCAAAGGGUUCACCAGGCCAUGCUGGUGCCCCAGGACUCCCAGGCCCAAGUGGUGCUCCAGGAUUAAAAGGACAUACAGGUAGCCCAGGAGCCCCUGGAAAACCCGGUGAAAGCGGACGCCCAGGACCUAUGGGACCAGUUGGUCCUUCUGGUCCAGUUGGACCUGCAGGAUUGAAAGGUCAUCCAGGUCUUCCCGGCCCACCAGGCCCUGCUGGCAUGACAGCUAAGGGAAUUGCUGGUCCUCAAGGUCCACCUGGAAUUCCAGGUGCCAGAGGUCAAGAUGGUCUCCCAGGUCCUGUUGGUCCUCCUGGUCCACCUGGCCCACCAGGAGAGACAAUCUACCACCAUGAGAAGAGCAUGCCCAUCAAGUCCCACGAGGUUGUGAUGCCUCAUGAAAUGAUGAAGGCUCCUAUGUCCGCCUUCAGUGCUGUGCUGACCACGGCCUACCCCCCGGCUGGAGCCCCUAUUCAGUUCAGCCAGGUUUUGUACAAUGGGGAGCACCAUUAUGAUGCCCACAGUGGGGUGUUCACCUGCCAGAUCCCAGGUCUCUACUAUUUCAGCUAUCACAUGCAUGUCAAUGGUGCCAACGCAUUAGUGGCCCUCUACAGGAACGAGGAGCCCGUCCUUUUCACCUAUGACGAGUACAACAAAGGCUUCCUGGAUCAGAUGUCAGGCAGCGCUGUUCUUAUGCUACAUGCAGGUGACAGAGUCUACGUCCAGGUCCCUGAUGAGGAGAGUAACGGUAUAUUUGCGGCGGAUAAUGUUCACUGUGUUUUCUCUGGGUUCUUGAUUGCCUCUACGUGAUUUCACAAUUCCAAAUAAGCCUCAAAUCCUUACAAAACAUUGAACUACUCAGAGAAACAGAUUGGUUUACAAAAUUACAAUGAAACUGUUGAAUAGAUAAAACAAGGUUGUAAUUUUUACAAAUUUAUGUGCCUCAUUUUUAGCUUUACAACAAUGAAAAACCAAAUUACUUCACAGAGAGAGGCAGAGAGAGAAUUUAAAAAUGUACAGUUCAAAAUGAUCCCCUUCACUGUUUACCAUGACUUUGCAAUUCUAAGGAACACAAAACAACAUUGGAAGAUAUUUGAAGUGGUGCUACAACUGCCUGUAACAUUUACAGCACAACAUGUAUUUGUAUUUUGUUUUUAUUAAUGUCUAUUGUCUGAGAAUUUACAUGUAACACACACACACACAGAAGACACACAAAACUCUUACUACACAGCACAUUCUCACAAGCACUGCGACAAGCAAAACUGAACAGAAUGAGAAAUUCAAAGCGCAUAUUGUUGAAACAACUAUGUCCCAUUGGAUGUGUUAAGUUAUGUACCAUUUGCGAACCAAAACACAGAAUAAAAUUCUAGUUUGAAAAAGAAA